AUGUCGCUCGUUUCGGUGGAGUACAAGGUCUUUGGCAGGGUUCAAGGAGUUUUCUUUCGUAAAUACACAGCACAAACGGCCAAGGCGCUCAGGUUAGUAGGUUGGGUGAAGAACGAAGAUGAUGGAACCGUCGUUGGUGUCAUUCAGGGGAAGGAAAGCAGCGUUGAAAAAAUGAAGGAUUGGCUGUCAAAAGAAGGAAGUCCGAAAAGUUCCAUUAACAAAUGCGAAUUUAGAAACGAAAAAACAAUUAGAGAAUUUGAUUUUGAUGAGUUUAUUGUGAAAAAAUAA